AUGGCUGAAUCCAUUGUAUUUGGCGCUGCCACUGAAAUUUUGAAGAAGAUAGGUUCCCUUGUUGGUGGAGAAUUGUCGUUGCUGUGGAAUCUGGAAAGUGAUUUAAGAAGACUUGAGGGAACCAUGAGAACCAUCAAAGCUGUGCUGUUGGAUGCCGAGACAAAGCAGACUCAAAACCAUCAGCUGCGUGACUGGCUUGCCAAGCUUAAGGAUGUUUUUUAUGAUGCUGAGGACGUUUUAGAUGAAUUCGACUUUCAAGCUUCCAGCAGAUCACAACAGUGGAGCUCAACAUUAAAAGUAAGUCAAUACUUUUCAAGCUCUAAUGCUAUUAAUAUUGGUAAGAAGAUCAAACAGAUUAAAAAAAGGUUAGAUGUGAUCGCCUAUGACAGGCUAAAAUUUCAUCUUAUUGAGAAUCAUAUAGACGUGAGGCAUGUAAUUCCCAAGGAGAGAGAGACUAAUUCUUUCUUCCAAGCUUCUGAUGUUAUUGGAAGAGAGAAGGAUAAAGAAAACAUCAUAACCUUUUUGACAAAACCAGGCGAUGUUAAUGUCUCCGUCAUUCCUAUAGUUGGAAUUGGGGGUUUGGGUAAAACCACUCUUUCUAAAAUGGUUUACAAUGAUGAGAGGAUCUAUAGGCAUUUUGAGUUAAAGAUGUGGGUAUGUGUUUCCGACGACUUUGAUGUUACUAGGUUGAUCAAAGAAAUUAUUUAUUCUGCAAAACAUGAGGAUUGUUCUAAGUUAAAAGCCGAUGAAAUACCCAGGCGUUUGCAAGAAAUUUUGGUUGGUCAAAAGUUUUUGCUUGUUUUAGAUGAUGUUUGGAAUGAAAAACCAAUGAAAUGGAUGGAUCUGAGAAAUUUACUGCGAAAUGGUGUCAAUGGAAGUAAAGUUAUUGUUAGUACACGCAAUAGAAUUGUUGCCGAGAUAAUGGGCACCGUUUCCCCAUAUUUCAUAGAGGGUCUUUCACUAGAGGAUUCUUUAUCCUUGUUUAAAAAGUGCGCAUUUAAAGAUGGAGAAGGGAAAGAUUUUCCAAACCUCGUUAAAGUUGCUGAGGACAUCGUCAAAAAAUGUAAAGGAGUUCCGUUAGCUCUGAGAACUUUAGGGAGCUUACUUUUUGCAAACACAGAUGAAGAUGAGUGGUUAAGAAUAAAAAGAAGUGACAUCUGGCAGCUGAAACAGGAAAAGGAACACAUCUUACCUGUAUUGAAAUUGAGCUAUGAUAAUUUGCCAUCUCACUUGAAGCAAUGUUUUGCUUAUCUUUCCUUAUUUCCAAAGGAUUAUAUUUAUGACAGCGCUGACGUGACUGGAUAUUGGAUGGCACAUGGACUCUUUGCAACCUCUAAUGAUGAUAUUGAAGAGUUAGAAGAUGUUGCUGUGCGUUGUUUGAAGGAUUUAUGGUCAAGGUGUUUCUUAGAGGAUUUUACAGAACAUAAUCAUUUAUUUUAUAAGUUUAAAAUGCAUGAUCUUAUGCAUGAUCUUGCAAUAUCAGUGGCAAAAAGUGAGUAUGCUGUUAUAAAAUCCGGAAGCCAAAUAGUUGAUGGGAGCGUUCGGCAUUUUUCAAUUACUGAUUCUGUUGUCAACCAUCAAAAACCUCCAGGAGUUCUAUAUAAUAGAUCAGAGACGGUUCGGUCCGUAAUUUUUUUGAAAAACUACGAGUAUAUUGAUGUAUCAUUUAUCGAUACCUGCAUAUUCAAGUUCAAGCACCUCCGACUGCUGUCGUUAAACCGUGUACUUUUUUAUGUCUUGCCAAAGUCUGUCAGGACACUGAUACAUUUGAGAUACCUUGACUUAUCAUAUAAUCAUUUAUUGAAGAAACUUCCUGAAUCUAUUUGUGAGCUUCAGAAGUUGGAGACGUUAAGACUUUUUGGCUGUGAUGGGAUUAAGAAGUUGCCUAAGAAGAUACAAAGGAUGAUCUCCCUUAGACAUGUGGAAAUAACCACAAAAGAGUGGUUUCUACGAGAAGACGGAAUCGGAUGUUUGAGUUCUCUUAAAUUUUUGACCUUAUAUGGCUGCAGGAAUCUAGUAGGAUUGUGUGAAGGGAUGCAAGGUCUCACAAGCCUCCGAAGAUUGGUUCUUCAAGUUUGUCCCCUGACCUCGUUGCCAUAUAGUAUCAAGUACCUCAAGCGAUUAGAGACGGUAAUGAUUAUUGACUGUGUAAAUCUUAACUUGAAGAUGGAAUUUCAAGGAGAAGAUAAAGAUAACCUUUGCUUGGGAGUUAGAAAAUUUAUAAUUUCCCGUUUGCCAUCGUUAGUGGAUUUGCCUCAGCUUAUUCUUCAAGGAUCGGCAAACACCUUAGAGUGCAUAAUGAUUCAAAGUUGUCUCAAUUUAGUAGAACUACCGGAGUGGCUGCAAAAUCUCACAUCACUUCAAACACUGGAGAUUUUAAAUUGUCCGAGCUUGUCACGUCUUCCAGAAGGGAUGCAACGCCUUACUGUCCUCAGAAAAUUGAAGAUUCAAGGCUGUCCUGCUCUGAGUGAAAGCUGCAGACGUGAUGAGUCGAAGAUUGCUCAUGUCCGAGAGGUUCAUCUUGAUGAAUAA